GUUAUUAAUUAGUAUUAGUAUUAAUCUAUGAGACAAAUUAAUACUUGGUCCGUGAAGAAGUGUGUAUGAAUCACAUUCACAUUCACAUUCGCAUUCGGAUCAGAACACAAUCUGCUUCUUCUCAUUUCAUGUGCAUUUUUCUGAAGCAGAUUUAGCUUUCAAAUCAACCCAUUCAGUACCAAUAACACCGUCGAUAAGCGCCGUUGUUCUUCUUCCUCCGAUUCGUUUUGUUUUCUCGCCAAAAUUGAACACAACAACCAUCGUCAAAUUCACCGUGCUUUUGAUCUUAGCAACAACAAGGUUUGUAUUUGCUCAGCACAGCUGAAGACAUAUUUCAUAUUUCGUUAAUGAUUUAUUUUACACAAAUUUGAGUGAUGUUGAAGUAAACUUUGGUUAGUAUUUCGUUUCGGCGUAUUCGUAUAGUUAAGUUAAUAUCUACACGUUUAAACGCCGAGCAAGCGUGUUGGUUAGAGAAUGUCCAGGCCUUUGUACAGAGGUGUGACUGGGAUUCGGAUCCCUGAUAACAGUAUCGAUCCAUGGGAUUCACAAUCGAAAGAUAAAACAGAUAAAGAUGGUUUGGAUAAAAAAGGUUCUUCUGAUCAGAGUCCCUUACAAUUGAGGUCUCCUUUUAGGUUGCUUUUUGCAGAUAAUUCUAGUUCUAAAUACGGUGCCACGGAGAAUGGUUUCUCGCCGGAUCCGUUUGUUCUUGGCACUCCUAGAAGUCGGCAUAAGUUGAUUCUUCUCUUCAUGAAGUUUAGUAUAGUAUUUAUAGUUAUUUUUGCUCUUGCUGGUUCUUUUUGGUGGACAGUAUCGAUUUCAACCACAUCUAGAGGUAAUAUUUACCAUGGUUAUAGAAGACUUCAAGAGAAACUUGUAUCGGACCUUUUGGAUAUCGGAGAGAUUUCUUAUGCUCCCUCAAGAACGAAAGAAUUAGAAUUCUGUUCUCAGGAGUUUGAAAACUAUGUUCCUUGUUUUAACACUUCAGACAAUCUAGCUCAGGGUUACUCUGAUGGCGGUGAGUUUGACCGGCAAUGUGGCCACGAGCUUAAGCAAAAUUGUUUACUUCUCUCGCCGACGAAUUACAAAAUUCCUCUUCGGUGGCCUACUGGAAGGGAUGUUAUCUGGGUUUCUAAUGUUAAAAUCACUGCACAGGAAGUUCUUUCUUCUGGAAGCUUGACCAAGAGGUCAGUGAUGAUAUAUAUCUCUACCACUGGCUUGCAUUCUUUCAUCCAUCAUUUCAUCUUAAAGUUCUCAUGUAUUUUAUUUGGUUACAGGAUGAUGAUGCUCGAUGAAGAGCAAAUUUCCUUUCGUUCUGCCUCCCUUAUGUUUGAUGGUGUUGAAGACUACUCACACCAAAUUGCAGAAAUGAUUGGACUUAGAAAUGAAUCCAACUUUAUACAAACUGGGGUUAGAACCAUACUGGACAUUGGUUGUGGUUAUGGUAGCUUUGGAGCGCACCUCUUUCACAGUCAACUUUUAACUAUGUGCAUUGCAAACUAUGAGCCUUCAGGGAGUCAAGUUCAACUUACACUUGAAAGGGGUCUUCCUGCUAUGGUUGCUUCUUUCACUACAAAACAGUUGCCAUAUCCAUCUCUCUCCUUUGAUAUGCUGCAUUGUGCUAGAUGUGGCAUAGAUUGGGACCAGAAAGAUGGAAUUCUCUUGAUUGAAGCUGAUAGACUUUUAAAACCCGGGGGCUAUUUUGUCUGGACUUCGCCGGUUACAAAUGCCCGUAACAAAGACAGUCAGCAAAGGUGGAAGUUCAUACAUGAGUUUACAGAAAACCUUUGCUGGGACAUGCUAUCACAGCAAGAUGAAACUGUCGUAUGGAAGAAAACUAGUAAAAUAAAAUGCUAUAACUCAAGAAAGAACGGUCCUCCUCCCCCUCCUUUAUGUAGUAGAGGCUAUGAUGUGGAGUCUCCAUACUAUCGAGAUCUGCAAAAUUGUAUUGGAGGAACACAUAGCAGUCGUUGGAUUUCAAUUGAAAAGAGGGCGACCUGGCCUUCCAGGGAUCAUCCGAAAAAGCAUGAGCUUGGAAUACACGGAUUGCAACCUGAUGAAUUUGUGGAAGAUGCUGAAAGCUGGAGGACAGCAGUACACAACUAUUGGUCUCUUCUGUCACCUUUGAUAUUUUCUGAUCAUCCAAAGAGACCUGGUGAUGAAGACCCUCCACCACCUUACAACAUGCUACGAAAUGUGCUAGACAUGAAUGCUCAUUUUGGUGGUUUUAAUUCUGCAUUGUUGCAUUCUGGAAAAUCUGUCUGGGUCAUGAAUGUGGUGCCAACGAAUGGACUCAACUAUCUUCCCUUGAUCCAGGACCGUGGUUACGUUGGUGUUUUGCAUGAUUGGUGUGAGGCCUUUCCAACAUACCCUAGAACCUAUGACUUGGUACACGCAGCAGGGUUUUUAUCUCUUGAAACUGCUCAGCCGCACAGAUGUACCAUGCUUGAUAUAUUCAUUGAAAUUGACAGAUUACUUCGCCCAGAGGGUUGGAUUAUAAUUCGUGACACAGUUCCUUUAAUAGAGACAGCUAGAGCUUUAACAACUCGGCUGAAGUGGGAUGCAAGAGUCAUAGAAAUCGAAAGUGAUAGCGAUCAGAGACUCCUGAUCUGUCAGAAGCCUUUCUUUAAAAGACAAGCAAAUUAAUUCAUUCAAGUCCUGAAGAAAUCAAACCAUAGUAUUCAUAUAUUCAUUUUCAUAAUGUUCAUUUGUUAUCAUAAUGGUCUGCCAUAGAAAGUGGGGAUUGAAAAUUUUGGACAGAAACGAGCCGAAAAAGACAAUAGAGGAAAGAAAACAGUAAAUGCUUAUCAGCGAUACAACCAAAACUCCUAUGUAACCGUAAGGUUUAUACAUAGGAUCGUGUAAUUACCAAACGAGGAGCAGAACAGACGAGGAAGUAUACUGGUAGAUAUGAUUUUUCAUGUGAUGUCUGAUUACAGUUACACAGACUUAUUAUGAUUAAGAUUGGGAAGAUUAUGAAAGAAUAAGUUAUUUUUGUUUGCUGUGGUGUAUAAAAUGCUCAGUGGUUGAUUCCCCCUUUUGCAAUAGAAGCAUUUUUCUGCUCCAUUUAUAGAUUCUUUAUUGUUUCAUGUAAUGACCCGGAAAAACUAUAUCUUGACAAUUUUCUCUAUGUUCAUGCUGUGAAAUCAAAAUCACAUUCUCCAUUA